ACUAUAACUCUUAUCUCAUCAUACACAACUAUAACCAUGUCAGGCAGAGCCCCCUCCAGAUCAUAUGAUAUGAUCAUGAAACUUCUUCUCGUUGGAGACUCCGGUGUUGGAAAGUCAUGUCUUCUUCUUCGUUUCGUUGAAGAUAAGUUCAACCCUUCGUUCAUCACCACCAUUGGGAUUGAUUUCAAAAUCAGAACCAUUGAAAGCAAGGGCAAGAAGAUCAAGCUCCAGGUCUGGGACACCGCUGGGCAGGAACGUUUCCGUACCAUCACCACCGCUUACUACCGUGGUGCCAUGGGAAUUGUAUUGAUCUAUGACGUGACUGACCUGAGAACAUUUGAAAAUGUUGAGAAUUGGUACCAAACCGUUACUCAACAUGCCAACGAGGAUGCUCAAAUCUUCCUUGUGGGGAACAAGUGUGAUGACUCUGAAAGCAGACAAGUUUCCAAGGAACAAGGUCAAGAGUUGGCCCUGCGUUUGAACAUUCCAUUUUUGGAAGCAAGUGCUAAAAGUAACGAAAAUGUUGACCUGAUCUUCUACGAAUUGGCCAGCAUUAUCCAGGACCAUGUCGAGACUACAGCCGCCCCGGCGGCAGGUGCUGGUGGAAUUGACGUUUCUCAAGGCGGUGCUGGUGCCGGUAUCAAGAGCAACUGUUGUUAAUUGGGUCAAAUAAUAAGUAUAAUAA